GCAUAUAUUUUCGACAUUCUGACUUUCAUGUUCAAGCCCAUUAAAAACCCUUCAGUUUUCAAGCACUAGUGUACUAAAUUCGCAGCAUAAUCUAAAGUCAUGUUUAACCCUCCUCGCAUCAUCGUCGUCACAUACCCAGCACAAGGUCAUCUAAACCCUGCCUUACAGUUCUCAAAGAACCUCACUGCCAUUGGAGCUGAAGUUACCUUCUUCACUUCCCUCUCAGCCUACCGACGAAUGAACACACUGUCUUUCCCCAACAGCUUGACUUUCUUCCCAUUCUCAGAUGGCCACGACGACUCUGUCGGUUUCGAUCCCAAAAACAGUCUUGACCACUAUAUGUUUGAAUUAAGCCAUUGCGGUUCUCAAGCUCUCUCGGAUCUCAUCGUCUCCGGUGAAAAGGAAGGUCGACCUUUCUGCUGCGUAGUCUAUACACUUCUCCUUCCAUGGGCAGGAAAGGUCGCGAAGGAACUUCGUGUUCCUUCGGCUCUGCUUUGGAUUCAGGCGGCAACCGUGUUCGAUAUCUACUACUAUUACUUCCAUGGUUAUGAUGGAGUUAUGUCAAACAAUUAUGGUGAUAGUUCAAGUUUGAUAGAGUUACCAGGACUGCCAUUGAAGCUCACAGGCAUUGAUCUUCCUUCCGUAAUGAAUUCCGCAAAUAUUUACACUUUUGCCAUGCCUACAUUGAAAGACCUGUUUGAGAUGCUUGACAAAGAAGGCAACCCAAAAGUGUUUGUUAACACCUUCAACGAUUUGGAGCCCAAGGCAAUCAAAGCAAUCGGUAAGUUCGAUUUGAUCGGGAUUGGACCGUUGAUUCCGUCUGCUUUCUUGGGUGGGAAAGACCCUUCGGAUACUUCAUUUGGUGGUGAUCUUUUGCAGCAUCCAAAGGAUUACUACAUGGAAUGGUUGAGCUCGAAACCAAAAGGGUCUGUAAUUUAUGUAUCAUUUGGAAGCAUGAGUAAGUUAUCAAAGCCACAAAUGGAGGAAAUUGGAAGAGCUUUGUUGGAUAUUAAGCGUCCAUUCUUGUGGGUCAAUAUUGGAGAAGAAGGAGAAGAUGAACUUAGUUGCAGAGAGGAAUUGGAGAAGCUUGGAAUGAUAGUUCCAUGGUGUUCUCAAAUGGAGAUCUUGUCAAAUCCUUCAUUGGGUUGCUUUGUAACGCAUUGCGGGUGGAAUUCCACGUUGGAGAGCUUGGUUUGUGGGAUUCCAAUAGUGGGAUUUCCUCAGUGGUCAGACCAAGGGACAAAUGCAAAGUUGGUAAUGGAGACAUGGAAGAGUGGGGUGAGAGCCAGAGCAAACCAGGACCGGAUUGUUGAAGGUGACGAGAUUAAGAAGUGCUUGGAAUUGGUGAUGGGGGAUGGAGAAAAAGGUGAAGAAAUUAGAAGGAAUGCUAAGAAAUGGAAGGAUUUGGGUAGAGAAGCUGCCAUGGACAAUGGGUCUUCUUACAAGAAUCUCAAGGCUUUUUUAGAUGAGAUAAUUCAGGACAGGAAUUAAUAUAUACUUGCUAAUCCAUUAGUAUUGGCUUCUUCCUUCUUCACUUUCUGUCAUUUGCAAUCUCCAGUAAUAUUUAUUUAUGUAACAAUGUAAUUUCUUUUUCUUUUUUUGAAGUUUUAAGUUUAGCAAAGAUUUUUUUACUUUGAAAUUGACUUUCGUCAA